AUGGGUCCGGCAUCAACCGUUUCACUCCCCGAAAGCCUGGAACAAGCAAGGAUACACUCUCUCCCACCUAGUGCCUACUACGUCUCAAACUUCAUCGGCGAGGAAGAAGAGAGACACAUCCUAGAAAAGAUCGCCAAUGCCCCCAGGCCAAGGUGGAAGCAGCUCACUCACCGCCGACUGCAAACGUGGCCAUCCGACUUGGUCAAGGACGCACUCCUCGCCGAACCCCUACCGCAGUGGCUAGACCAGCCCAUUGUCUCUCGACUCCUGUCUGUUCCGCUUUCGAAUUCAAAAUCAGAAUCCGAACCACCCUUCCAUAUAUUCGCGUCGAGUCCCCACGGCCGGCCCAACCAUGUCCUCGUCAACGAGUAUCCGCCAGGCGUCGGCAUAAUGCCUCACAAGGACGGCGCUGCGUAUCAUCCAGUGGUUUGCACCGUGAGCCUCGGAGCGAGUCUAUGCCUGAACAUCUACAAGGCGAAGGAUGAUGGGGGAAUAGGCCCCGAGCCGGCUUGGAGGAUCCUCCAAGAACCCCGGAGCCUGCUUAUCACCACCUCAGACCUCUAUACCGAGUACCUCCAUGGAAUCGCCGACAUCGAGGAAGACGUGGGCUUGUCGUCGGAAACAGUCGCCAACUGGGAUCUUCUUGGGUCGAAAGAAGAUUUCCAAAGCGGCCGCAACCUGCGUAAAACUCGAACCAGCCUGACGUACCGUGAUGUUCUGAAAGUGUCGAAGCUCGGAAACAAGCUGAGUACGCUCAUGAAGCGCUGA